UACCCCUCCACUCAGCCCAUUGUUGAGCCCAGAUACGACAUUUGUGCUCCUAACAAUGUCGCAAAUUCCGCAUCUCCUCUCGCCAUACGUUGCUCUUCCGUCCGAAUCAUCCCUUGUUCUCCUCACUUCGGUCCUUGGUGCGAGCACAAACUGGCUUGUCCUCCGGUACCUCCAAAGCUACCUUGGCCAAAACCUCGAGUCCCUCAGCAUUUACAAUGAAACUGAAGAUGGAGAUACUACCAAGGUGCUACUUGUUAGCUUUAUGAGGGAUUUGGCGUUCUGGAAGGACGGGGCUCGGAAAUUAGGCCUUGACCUCGAUAAAUUGGCGGCGAAGAAGAGAUUUGCGUUUAUUGAUGGGCUGAGCGAACUGUAUCUGGAACCUGCAAGGUCGAAGACCGGCACACGUGGCGCAAAUGCUGUACGGGGGAACGAGCUGGGGAAUAUACAUAACACCGUGAAAAACACUCUCAAAGAGCUGCAGGCCGGCUCUGGGAAAGUGGUCUUGGUGAUUGAUCAGCUUGAUCUGUUACUGGCAACGAGUGGGGAUAAGUUGGAUACGGUAGCUUUGGGAGAUACGUUGGUGGAUUGGAGACUGUCCGCCCAUUCAACAGUAUUAACACUUGCCGCCGAUACACCAUUGGCAGCUGGGCAUGAUACACCACUGGAGACAAAUCAUGCGGCACUUUUAUUGAGUCUUGCGCACCAUGCAGAUCUAGUGAUGUCGUUAAGGCUUCUGGAUACAGGAACAGCAAGGGAUGUAAGUGGGGUGUGCCGGAUUACGACAGGAGAUGCUGAGGGUAGGGGCCAAACUGAGCAGAAAGCGGAGGCAAGAGAACUCCUAUAUUUUGUGGGAGGUGACAGUGCUGUCAAGGUGUUUGAAAGAGGACAAUAAUGGAUAUCUGAGGGAGAAUCGGAACCCGUAUGUAAUUUGGAUAGAAUACAUAAUACCACGUCC